GAACUCUUCCAGUCAGGCCUCAACAUCGACCGCCGCAAGUGUACACGGACAGUCCCCAUGGAAGUCCUCGCCCUCGGAAUGUCACGAACAGGCACAUCCUGCAAAGCCCUCAUGAUCCUCGGCUACAACGAAGUAUACCACGGCUUCGCCAUGUUCGCCAACCCCUGCGAAGUCGAACUCUGGAAAGAAGCCUUUCACAGAAAAUACGACCUCCAGCCCGGCCAGGAACCUCUUGGACGCAAAGACUUUGAUCAACUCCUCGGACACUGCGGUGCCAUAUGCGACUAUCCCGCCAACUGCUUCGGUCCCGAGAUGCUGGAAGCGUACCCAGAGUCCAAGGUCGUACUCGUAGAGCGCGACGUUGAGGCUUGGUAUAAGAGCUUCAAUGAUAGCAUCAUUAGUACCAUGUAUAACCCGUUCUGGAGGUUUCUUGCUGCCAUCGGGGCUAGGUACGUCUCCGAGGUUGACGGCCUGACGACGGUGUGGUUCAAGUAUCACUUCAAGGCGACGACCAAGGAAGAGAUACAGGCGAAUGUGCGAGAGGGAUACAAGCAGCACUACAAGAACGUGAGAGAAACCACACCCCCUGAAAGGCUCCUCGAGUACAGCCUCAAGGAUGGAUGGGAGCCGUUGUGCAAGUUCCUGGGCAAGCCUAUUCCUGACGAGCCGUUUCCGCACAUCAACGACCAGGAGUCGUUUCAUGAGAAG